AUGACAACCUAUCAAAGUAAGGAGGAAUUUUAUUCAAUGCAAAAAGACUUGGCUCCUCUUGAAGAGCCGUAUGUUGAUUUGGAUUUUCCAGCCGAUGAAACAUCUUUUGGCUACGAAGAUCUUGAAGGUAUGAAUUAUAAUGGAUUUAUGAGACUCUCCGAACUUUGUGAUGAUCCACAGAUUAUUUGUGAUGGCAUUGAUGUGAAUGAUAUCGCUCAGGGAAGCUUUGGAAAUUGUUGGAUUUUGAGUUCGUUAGCAGCUGUUGCCAGAUAUCCACACAUUAUUGCUCACUUGUUUGUUAAGGCAAAUGUUGAGAUGGGACAAUAUACAUUGAGAUUGUUCUGGAGAAACGAGUGGAGAUAUGUCACUAUUGAUGAUUAUGUUCCAGUCUCUUCUGAUGGAUCCUUGUUGGGUGUUAGAUCAAAGAAUCCAAAUGAGUUGUGGCCUACCAUUGUUGAGAAGGCGAUUGCCAAAAUUUUUGGAAGUUAUUAUAAAACUGAUGGUGGAGAUGGUACUUUGGGAAUUCAAAUUUUCACAGGUUGCCUUCCUCAAUUCGAAUAUUUGAAGAAUCACGUUUCCUGUACCCAAGAGGAAUGUGAUUGUGAAGAGGAAGCUAAGAAGAAGAAGAAACUGAAGAAUACGAAGAAGAGGAAGAAGGUGAAUACGAAGGAAACUGCUGAGGAAGAAGAAGAAGGUGUAGAAGAAGAACCUUUUGGUGGAUUGUGUAAAGAAGACAUUUGGAAAUCAAUUCUUAAAGGAGUAAAGAAUGGUAAUGCAAUUGGUUUUGCUUCAGAAAAUGAAUCUGGACUCGGUGAUACCAACACCACAGAGAGUGGUAUUGUUGAUGGACAUUACUAUGCGCUCAUUGAUGCCUGUGAUUACAAUGGAAAUCAAUUGGUUAGAUUGAGAAAUCCUUGGGGUUGUACUGAAUGGAAAGGAGCUUGGUCUGAUACUUCUAAGGAGAUGACAACAAAAGUUAAGAGAGAACUCAAUCUGAGAGUAACUAGACAAUCAAAACUCAUUGAGGAGUUGUGUAAAGAUACAGUUCUUUUGCCUGUUGUGGAUACAGCAACUGAUGCAAAAUCAAGAAGAAAGAGAAAUAAGGCAGAAAAGGAUGACGGUGUCUUUUGGAUGCAUUUUGAUGAUGUUAUUAAUUGUUUCUCCAGAAUGACAGUUGGCCACAUUGUGGAUAUUGAAUGUUUCUAUAAGGACGAGAAUUCAUUCGGAUAUCAAUUCAGUCCAAAACUCUUGCACAACGUUCACCAAUCGUCCUAUUUCCCUACCUAUAGACAAAUUCUCAAACAUGAUGAAAAGGACGAAACUUGUGAAAAUGAGGAAGGUGAAUGCAUUCUCACUCAACAAUUCACACUUUCAGUCGACAGAACUUGUGACGUUCUCAUUGCAUUGAGAAUGAUUCACGAUGAUAUGGACAAAUUCAACAGUUAUCUUGAAUUAAGUUGUGAAGAAUUGGAAAUCAAAUGCGAUGGUCUCUAUGUAUUUACUGGUACAAGAAGAAGAGUUCCAAAAGGAGAUUACACAUUCUAUGUUAAAUCUGAAUGUAGAGAUGAAGAAUUCUCAGAUGUUGAAGUUACUCUUGUUUGGGAAAAUAGAAAGGCUCAAUUAACUUUGAAUGAGGAAGAAGUUGUUGCUGAAGAAGAAGAAACAUAUGAGGAGGAAGAAGAAUAGUUUGCUUUUCUGACAUGUUGUGGAAUAAAAGUUUACAAUAAAAAUUCUUU